AUGCCGUGGGCUGUCCCAAUCAAACCUACUUCAACAUACCAGCAUGGGGUUGUCACACUGCAGAAUCCAACACGUCAUGAGAUUGAGGAUGGCCGUCCUUACACCCCGCAUCGACUGAACCAGGCGAUGUUCAGUGGUCAGCUUUUCGUGAGUGAUAAUCAAAGCAGCGAUCUUGUCAGAAAGAAGCCUGUACAUGUUGAGCAAGUCAAGGUUGAGGCAGAAAAGCUGUCUCCAAUACGAGUGGCCCAGAAAUCGGCAAACCACCAACCGCUCAACGUUGUGACAUUUUCCGUGGUGAUUGCCAUCAUUAUCACCUCAGAGACGGAUGCAGUGGCUCCAUGCAGAUUAAUUGGGAGUCAGUUCAGCCCCUCUAACGCACGUUGGCACGAUUUCGUGCUUCGAAUCGCGGCUAACGUCAGCAUCCUUACCAACGUAGAGGUCUUAAAGCAGCUCUGCUACGUCCUCAAGACCAAUUUGCCGGCUUGCAAAUGUCUGGGUCAUUCC